AUGGAACGUUGUAAUCAUGCUCAGCUUGGAAUUCUAGCGCAAACUUCUUGUACUAUUACACCUCAAGUCAAAACUGAUAAUGUCCCUGAUCUUACACACACCGACCUAACAUCUUCUCAGCGCCAUCAACUUAAGCAAUUAAUUCAACAUUUCCCAACAACACAUCCUGGUGCAAGACCUACCAACUCUCAGCCUUAUCGCAUGGCUCCACUUAAACAAGCUCAUGCAUCAACUGCAGUUGACGACAUGUUACACGAUGAUGUCAUCUCAUCGUCGUCUAACCCAUGGGCUGCUCCCGUUGUUCUUGCCCCCAAAAAGGAUAGUACGCUCCGUUUUUGUGUGGACUAUCGCAAACUUAAUGCGCUUACUGAGUACGAGCAACGUAAGUAUCUGAUCGCUGAUGCGAGUCGCACAUUGACCCCUGCUGAACGCAAAUACGGAGCAACGGAAAAGGAAGCUCGAGCGAUUGUCUGGGCUAUCAAGCAUUUCCGACCAUAUAUUGAAGGAGUUCAUGUCACGGUCCGCUCCAACUGCAAAGCACUCCAGUGGUUAAAAAACUCCAAAGACUCUACAGGACGUUUAGCUCGUUGGGCCUUGAAACUCGAUGCUUUCGACCCUACCAUCGAACAUCGCUCUGGCAAAACUAAUGAAAAUGCGGACGGGUUAUCUCGGUAUCCCGUUUCUCACUCGUCCUCACAACCAGACUCCCAGCAUCAAAUCAAUCUUUUAGAUUCCACCGUCAAUCUCUGGGAAGCGUGUAGUCUACUUAAGGAUAUUCAAGCACGCCAACAGGAGAAAGUUAUUGACCUCACAUUGUUGAAUGACUUCCAUAAUUUGAUGUUCUACCGUCGUUUGCCUACAGGUAAAAACGGAAACAGAGAACGAAAAAUUGGCAGCCAUUGAUAGAAUAACGAGGAAGUGCAUGAGAGAUGAAAUAAUAACUUUCUUUUCUUUUACCGAUAUUUGUAAAACCCUGGGGAUCCAAAAUAAAUUUACAGCAACUUACCAUCAUCAAACCAAUCUGACCGAACGGGUGAAUCGCACCCUGGAACCUAUGAUAGCUCAAUAUACCAAGGAG